AGCGGCCAAUUGCCACCAUCGUAAGAGGCGCGUAUCUGUGCGGAGAGUGUGCUUCCUAUUGAGUGAAGUGCUGCCUACGUUUAGCUGUGACGCCUCUUAGCGACGGCGGCGUCAACGUGGAGCAGCGUUUGUUGUUGUUUUGCAGAACAGCAGCGACGCUGCGGUACACUCUUGCGUUUCGUUUCCGCUUCACAUUUUUGUCUUCUGCUUCUCACUCCCUUCUCUGCUUUUCGUAUCAUAGAAAUCGGAGGUCCCACCUUUCUUUUCUCCCCGCACGCUCUCCUUUUACCGCCGUGGCCCUCCACACGAGCUCACCGGCAGAACGAACCCAAACAGGCGAAUUCUCUACCACCGGUGUUCGCCACCCGCACCCUGUCCGCUUCCUUCUCGCUCUCCCCAUGCCGCGUCAGCCAACGAAGAAUCGCAUUAACAUGCACGACAUCGUCGAGCAGCCCCUCUCUGCCAUACCGGACGCCGUCGAUGCCGUGUUGCGCCGCCCCGAGCCGCUGGACGAGGUGGAGAUGCAGAGCAUCCUCUACGAAUGCUCCUUCAUUCUACUCAGGGCGGAGGAGGCCCUCUCAGCGAAGGACGGCAACGCCUUCUGUGCCCUCUUCAAGCUGCUCUCUGAAGGAUUUGCGCACAGUGAGGAGUCCUUCGAGGAGGGGAUUCGCACCAUGAUCCAGAACGAUUCUCUCCUGCAGACGAUGCACACCAUUUUCAAGGUGGUGGUCGAGCAGGAGGCGCUGCCCCUGCACAGCGCCGGCACCGUGGAGCUCAUUCAAGUCCUCAGCAGCCUGUGCGAUGGCGCGGCCCUGAAGGACAAGUGCGGGUCGCUCUUCAUGCGCGGUUUCGCCAAGCUGCUGCAGAAGGUCUACGCCAACGCGGAGGAGGCACGGCGGCACUUCCACGUCCAGCGUGGCACCGCCACGGCGCUGAUCAACCUGGUCAAAGGCUCCAAGCAGAACAAGCAACGUCUGGCAUCGUGGAAGUUCGUCGCGGACUGCUGCGCGGUAUCCGUAGACGUUUUCUUCCAGCUGCAAUGCGUGGAGAUGCUGUUCCGUGUGUCACGGCAGAACAAAGACGUCUUGUCGCACCUCGGCGACUCCUUGCCGCCUGCCACCGUUGAGGCGUUGCAAGCGCUGCCCAACGACGGCACCCUUCUGUCCCGCAUGACGCAGCUGAUCGAGCAUCUGAACGAUGGUCGCGCGCAGGUGUUGCGCUACCCGCUGAAAGAAGUGGUGGCGGCCGACACGACGCUGACGAGCUCGACCAAUGCGUACUUUACGCCGAACUUCGUCAUCGUGAUGGUCACGGCAGUAAACGCCGACAACAUCACCAUUCCCUACCGCAUUAUUCGCUCCAUCACGCUGGGACGCGACGGACGCGUCAUCAUCAAGUUAGAGGAGUUUCCUGUAAAGUUAGAGGUGCUGUUGAGCCACACCGCGGGCAUGGACACCGUCACCUUCUACAUGACGCAGGACGAGCUCGCCCGCUUCAAGCAGUCUUCGGUGCGGCAGUGGAUUGUGGAGGCUCUGCAGGCGCGGAAGGAUGAGCAGCGGCAGCACCUCCCGCAGCGGGCGCGGCGCUCGCCUGACUCCUCGACCAAGUCGAACGGGAGGAGUGCUCGGGCAGCGCAGGAGUCGACUUCCGCGGCGACGUCAGCAGCGGCGGCGCCGACGCAGUACGAAAACACCGCUGCUGCUGACGAGGCCGAUAGCGCUCGCAAGAAGGCGCGGGUGGAGUCCCCUGCCAGUCGGUGGGGUGGUGCGAUAGUCAGCAGCGCCCUGCCCUCCGUCGCGGCCUUCCUCCACGUGGUGGACGCGCUGAUGGAGCAGGCGUCGACGCCGAACGAGGCGCAGGCGAUGCUGCUACAGCUGCGGCGGCUGAUCGAAGCUCGCAAGGAGGUGCAGCGUGGCAAGCUGAUGGACGAGCUGAACACCAUCAUGGAGCACAUCCAGUCACGCGUGGACGACGCGCGCCGCACCGCGCGGGAAAACCGAAGCGCCUGGCAUCAGUCCAUGCUGGAGGAUCUUGCGAAGGUGGAGGGACUUGUGGUGGCUGUGCAGGACAAGACCGCUGAGGGUGUGGAGCAGCUGAACAAGGAUCUGAAGAAGGUGAAGGCGAGCAAUCAGGCCAUCAACGAGCGCAUCGCGUGCAUGGACAUCGAGCUCCAGCAAACUUUGGAGGAGCUGCGCGCGGAAGAGUUUCGUUGGACAAACGAGAUCGAUGCAAAGUGCAUGCGCGAGGCGGAGCGGCUGGAGUUCGACGUGGAUCAGAGCCUCAUCAACCGUAACCGGCCGCUUGCAUUGAUUUCGGACUACAUGCAACAGUCCGCACCCUACCGCUGA